AUGAUGGCCGACGACGAUCCGUUUGGGAAAAAGCCUGCCAAAAUCGAGAGCCUCGACAUCUUUGGGUCGUCGCGCCGGCGCAGCGACGGUACGGACGCCCCGACAAAGCCGACUUCGAACACACCACCAAAAGUCACCGAGGUCACACCACCCAAGGCGGCAUCUGCUGACAUGACGCCGCCAAGAACGGGCGCACCAGAGAGCGACCUACCUGCGUUUCCUUGGAUGAAGAAGAAAACUGGAGCCGAGCCAGCACCGACACCGAAAGAAAGUCUGCCCGUGUCCGAGACGACCGAGGCGACACCGAGCUUUCCAUGGAUGCGUGCCAAGAACGACGCCUCCAAGCCCACAGACGAGGCGGGGGCCGGUGACCCGCCAGCGACGCGGCGGCGAAGUGCUAAGGCGCCAAAAGAUGCAGAGGAUGUGGAUCGGCUUCUCGCUGACGAGACACCGUCGUUCCCGUGGAUGAAGAAGAAGACGGAAGCGACACCCGAUGUGGCCAAGGCAGAAACGAGUAGCAGUGACAUGCCAUCCUUUCCGUGGUCCAAACCCAAGGUCGACGAGGCUCCGUCGACGACAUCCAAGUCCAAGACGCCACCCAAAACCAAAACAAAACCCCCCGACGACGACGACUUGCCUGAGUUUCCGUGGCUCCAGAAAUCCAAGCCCAAGGAGAAUGCCCCGACACUUCAAGAGGGCAAGGAACCGCCCAAGACCAUACCACUGGCGACGCCAUCUCCCGAGAAGCAUGUGGCGGCGCCGUCGCCGGCGAAAGCGAUUGUCGAGGAGCCCCCCCCGUGGACACGGCCGCGCGUCGACACGGCGCCUCCUCCAGAACCCGAGCCAAUCCGAGUGCCGGACGAGCCCGUGACCAAACCCAGCGUAGUGCUGGAACCAACGACACUGGCCAGCUCGCCAGCACGGUCGGCUCCGAUGCAAGUACCCACCGAGGCGCCGCCCCGUGCACCAUCGCCCGGGUCCCCCCGGCGCACCUCCAUCGAGGCACCACAUUCGCCAACUCACCGCAGUAGUGGCACUGGCUUUGACAAGUCGGCGUCAUCACCACCCAAAGCGGCAUCCGGGUCGCCGACGCGGGCCCCGGUGUAUGGCGGCGACGACGGUGGAGGGCCACAACGGCUCAGCCCUGCGUCCCGGGGCACAUUCCUCGACAACACCGCGAUCGUGCCGGCAUUCAUUUCGCACCAACUCGAAGCAAGUCAAGCGCUCGUCACGAGCUUGGAGGCGCAGGUGCAAGUGCACACCGCCGACAAGACAGCGCUGCAGUCGGCCCACGACCAAGCGCUGGCGUCGCUCACCCACGAGACGGCCCGGGCCGCUGUUUUUGAAAGUGACCUUGCUGCCUCGGUGGCAGCCUGCGCGACGGCAACCGCUGAGGCCACGACACUGCGAGCGGUCAACGCGACUCUGACCGCUCAAGUCGGCGCACUCACGCAAGAAAAACAGGCGCUAAGCACAGAGCUUGCGAUGCUGCGUGUACAAGCUUUGUCGGCAGCCGACUUGCAAGCGCAGAUUGCCCAGCUUCUCCAAGACAAGAGCAUCUUGCAGGCCGAGCUCCAAAGCGUGUCGUCCAAGCUCGUACAAGCGCAGCGCGAUCUCUCGUCGGAGCAAGCUCUCCACGCGCAAAGUGUCGAGCGGUUCAAGCGUCUCGAGCACGAUCGCGCCCAGGAAGCUCUCCAGCAGCAGCGGUGGCGCGACGAGGAGAGCCGGCACGCCGAGAAGGAGGCGGUCGAGCGACUCUUGACUCAAGUCCGCGCGGCCGUGAGCAACCUCAAGGUGCUCCAAGAGCACGUUGUGUUUGGCAAAUCCGAAGCCGACGUGCGCAGCAUGGGCGAGAACGAGUCGCGGUCGCGUCUCCUUCUUGAGAUGGAAGGAAGCUGCAAGGCGUACAUGAGCCGGACACAGGAAGAGUGUCAGCGUCUGCAAUCGCUGCUGUCGGCACUAGAAACCACGAUGCGAUCGCUCCGAGGCGAGCACAUGGAGGAGAAGGAGCGACUGCGCAGCGAGCAAGCGCGUCUCGAAGAGCUCGCGUUGCACUUCAAGUCCCAAACGACACUGCUCCAAGAGCGCACCGACACCAACACCAAAGUCGUGUCGCAAACACUGGCGAGCUAUAUCCAAGACAUUCGCAUUGCCGAAGCACGCAUGCACAAGCGGCGCGAACAGCUCCAGGAAGAAGAGCGGUCACUGCACAUGGCCCGCGCGGCCUUUGCCGCACAGCAAGAAGAGGCCCUUCGCGACCAGCGCAUCGUCCAAGAGCGACACCAAGCCGAGGCGCAGCGCGUGAAUGAAAAGCUCA